UUUUAUUUCAGUAAUGUUCUGAAACGCAUGGGUGGAAAGUCCUCGAAAGUUGAUGAAUUAUUCUCACACUUUUCAGAGUUGGACAAAACUCAUUUAAUAGUGAUUGGAUUACACAAUGCGGGUAAAACAACCAUUAUGCGAGGUAUGGGUUUGCAAUCCAGCUUGAAGAAUAUUUCCCAGCUAGGAAUGCCCAUACUUACAGCAAAGGUUGGUAAAAAUGUCCACAUUACAGCAUGGGACGUUGGUGGACCUAGAGAGUUACGGUGUAUGUGGGAACAUUAUUUCAGUGUAUCUAAAGGUAUAGUGUUUGUAGUUGAUAGUACCAACAAGGAAACAUUAGCAGAAGCUUCUAUGGAACUAAAUAUCAUUCUGAGUAAAAAGAUAUUAACAGGUGUUCCUUUAAUGGUAAUGGCAAACAAGCAAGAUCUUCCCGAAACGAUGCCUAUUUCUGAUAUUUCAACAAGUCUGCAUCUGUAUGACUUGGACAGAAUGUGGGACAUAAUAGGAACCUGUGGUAUAACUGGAGAUGGCGUUUAUGAAGCCAUGAAAGGAAUUAGUGAAAUGAUGAAAAUACGUCAAAGAGAAACUAGAUAAUAGGAUAGAUCAUGUGGAAAUGAGUCGAGAGAAAACUAGAUAACAUAUAGAUGAUGCAUGUAUAUUCGAAAUCCAGAAAAGGGUAGUUGCUUUUAAGAUCGGAAGUUUGUGGACGGCUUAAUACGCGAUGUGCAUUUGGUAGAUCAAUGAAUUGUUGAGAAAAAGAAAAUAAUAAUUCUUUAUAAAAGGAUGAACAUGUGUGACUGUAGACCAGAAACCAGCUUUUAUAAACUUUUAAGUCAUAGGCAAAAAGAGUUAAGUAACUAUAUAAGUGUUUAUGCUUUUUCGUUUGAAAUGCACCUGUAUUUUUGUUUUACAAUCUGCACUAAAACAGACUCAAGAUAUCACAUUUAAAACUUGCUUUACAUAUUCAACGAAAAUAUUAUGUUUCACUUUUACAUGUAAAUAACAUGUAAAAAUGUCUGAAAAUAAAGCUACACAAAAUUACUU